AAGUCAAAUGUUGCUAGCAGCAUCCAAUAAGAAGCUGCUUCUUGUGCCGGUGUCUCGUGUUUGUUAGUAAUUCAAAAAGGCCUCCCAGGAUGUUCCGGAUAAAUGUACAAAGUUCAAUUCGCGUACUUUCCAGACUCAAUAACAUCAUCGAGAAUGUCACGUUUCGAAGGAACCUAUACGCGCCUGCAACACUUGGGCUGAAUGGUUACUCUGAUAUGCGUGAGCGCACGAAUGGUCAGUUCAUAAAUACUGUGGACAAAUUUAAGGAAAAAAUGAAGACAUUCGUGGAUGAUAAACCAACAAAUAUGAUUUUCACGGAGGAUUUACGUAACAUGAUUCAUUUGGCGGAAAAAAAUAAGGAAGAUAUAGAGCUGGUGGUGAAGAUGAUAAAGAAAUUCAAUUCACAAAACAAAGAACUUCGCUUUGGAAACUUUGUGUUCGGACCAGUUGUUUUUCGGAUGUUCUAUUAUUUAGGAGAUGUUGAUACAGCACUAGAAUGCUUCAAAGACCCUCAAUUAGAUGGAUUCUUCGAUCAGCUGAUCAGUUACCAACUCCUCAUGGAUUUACUUUUCGAGAAGGGACGAUAUCAAGACAUACUAAAUGUUUUUGAUCUCAUUAAAUCACGCCAGGUUCAGGGCACAAAAUACGCCCGGCAUAUUGUUGUGCUAACAAUGGCUGCAUGCUACAAACUGAACACCCCACAAUCACUCGAGUUCGCUCUGAAUCUCCUGCGUGAAUUACGUGAGCUAAAUUAUGUGCCGAUGCGCAAAGCAGCCGCGUUCGCAGCAGGGCUGGCUUUACGACAGAAUUCACCUCACGUGGCUUUAGAAAUCGUUGCCAACCAAAAGGACCAACAAUACAUAACCAUGCGAAAUAUAAAAGCUUUAGCCUAUGCUGAAAUGAAUCGGCCAGAAGAUGCUUUACCAAUUCUGAGGUCGGUCCUAGAGGUGGACGAACCUGUGGGCAAAGGGAAAAGGACUUUCAUUAGAGAUGUGGUGAAUAAAGUUGGAGAAUCAAUCAAAAAGAAUAAUCGAAAAGAUUUAGAAGCGGACUUUGUUCGAAUAGAGAAGUUCUUAGCAGAUCAAGGCCAUAUAAGUGAUGAUAGCUUGGAUACUGUUUUGUGUCUUCCAAUUACGGAUACAAGUUACACAGCUCAAAGACGAGAAAAAUCAAUGAUUGCUGCAAGUUUCAAUAGAGAUAGUCAGCAAAGAAGUAGAUUUACAAAACAGAAACAAAUAAGAAAUCGAGAAGGAUUAGCUGAUCUUUAUUAAUAAUGUUCUACACUUAAGGAAAAUAUAGCAGUAGAAAUCCAAGAUAA